UUUCACAGCUGUGUAAAAUGGCUACUGACACAGGGCGAUUCAGGGGAGCUGUCAACAAAAACAAAGACCCUUCCGGGCUUCUUAUUUCUGUCAUAAGGACUUUGUCCAGUAGUGAUGACGUCCAGGACAGGGAGACAGAGAAGGGCCGUCUCGAGGAAGCCUUCGAGACGUGCGACCGAGAUCUGGACCAGCUUAUCGUGCAGCACUACGCCGAGCUCACUACUGCUAUUCGGACCUACCAGAGCAUCACCGAGCGUAUCACCACCUCCCGCAAUAAGAUCAAGCAGGUGAAGGAGAACCUCCUCUCCUGCAAGAUGUUGCUCCACUGCAAGCGGGACGAGCUGAGGAAGUUGUGGAUCGAGGGGAUUGAACACAAGCAUGUACUGCAACUCCUGGAUGAAAUUGAGAGUAUCAAGCAGGUGCCGCAACGUCUGGAGGCUUACAUGGCCAGUAAGCACUACCUCCAUGCCACGGACAUGUUGGUGUCUGCUGUGGAGUCGCUUGAGGGCCCCCUGCUGCAGGUAGAGGGCCUUGGCGACCUCCGCCUGGAGCUCCACAGCAAGAAGCUCAAUAUCCACCUGGUGCUCAUUGACGAGCUCCACCGUCACCUCUACAUCAAAUCCACCAGCCGGCUGGGGCUCAAAAACAAGGAAAAGAAUGCUGCCCGCCUUCCCGGCUCUGCGGGCAAAGACGCUUCUCCCAUGCCGCCGUUGGACAUCAGCGGGCUUUCCACGCCGCGCAAACUACUGGAUUCCUCGCAAUUCAGCACGCCGGGAUCAAGCAGUGUCCGUGAACUUCAACAAGACGUGCGGGAGUCGAACCAAUUAGACCUCCCGGAGGUGGACCCGGAGGAGAACAGCGCGGAGUUCAUGGGCAUCCUCAUAAAAGCGCUGGCCAAGCUGAAGAAGAUCCCAGAGACCAUCAAAGCGAUCAUGGAGCGGCUGGAGCCAGAGCUUAAGCAGAUAGCAAAGAGGUCCACCACACAGAUCGCGGACCAUGCCUACCAAAGAGGAGAGAACCUGGUUCAGGAGAGCCAACCGAGGCUUCUGCUGGAGCUUCUGGAGCUCCUCUUUGACAAGUUCAAGGCGGUGGCGCAGGCGCACAGCGUGGUGCUGGCCCACCUGCAGCGCAUCGCCGUGCAGUGCCCGGGCGGCGCCCACGAGGAAGGCAUCAAGCUCUACGAGCAGGCAGACGUCUCCGCCAAGAUUCAGACCGUGCUGCAGGUGUUGCUAAUGGAGUAUCUGGAUGUGAAAAACAGCCGCAGCACAACUGAGCCUUCGGCCCAGCUUGCCUACGCCAGCACGGGCAGCGAAUUUGCCGCCUUCUUUGCCAAGAAGAAACCUCAGCGUGCCAAACAGUCGCUUUUCAAGUUUGAAUCAUCGUCCCACGCCAUCAGCAUGAGUGCCUACUUAAGAGAGCAGAGACGAGAACUCUACAGCAAGAGCGGAGAGUUGCAAGGCGGUGCCGACGACAACCUGAUGGAGGGCGGAGAAAUGAAGUUUGUGUGUAAGCCGGGAGCGAGGAACAUCACUGUCAUCUUCCAGCCUCUUCUCAGGUUCAUUCAUGAGAUCGAGAUGAACAUGGGAGCGGGCCAAGCCAAGCAGUGCCAACUCCGAAGCUUCCUCACGUACUACAUCAACGACCUUUUCCUCAACCAAGUACGCACGGAGAUCAACAAGGAUAUAGAGGCAGUGAGCAAGGUGGCCGACCCCUUGAAAAUCCUCGCCAGUGCUGACACCAUGAAAGUUCUAGGCGUGCAGAGACCUGUUCUCCAGAGCACCGUUGUGGUGGAAAAGUCGAUCCAGGAUCUGAUGAAUCUCAUGCAGGACUUGAGCGCCUACUCCAAUCAGUUCCUGGAGAUGGUUUGUGACAAGCUCAAGGAGUACAAGGAGACCUGCAACACAGCCUACAGGGGAAUUGUUCAGUGUGAGGAUAAGCUGACCAUCAUCAGCGCUUCCUGGUCUAAAGACGAGGACAUCAGUCGUCUGCUCCAGUCCCUCCCCAACUGGGCAAACAUGGCCCAGCCUAGACAGACGCGACAGAAACGGGAGGACGAGGAGGACUUCACCCGCGCGGCGUUCGCCAAGGAGUCGGAGGUUCUGACGGGCAACCUGGGCGACAAGCUCAUCCCUCCCAACGAAAUCCUGCGCGACGUCAGCGACCUGAAAUCCCUGGCCAACCUCCACGAGAGCAUGGAGUGGCUGGCCGGCCGCCUCAAGGCCUUCUUCGCCGGCCUGCCUCAGGGCGCCGGGUUGCCUCCGUGCACGUCCGAAAGCCAGGCGAUGGGUGACGGCGAGCGCAGCCGGGAGCAGAUCCUACAGACGCUGGCUGACCUGGGCAGGGGCUUCAUGGACAUCGCCAACCGCUGCCUGCUUGCAUUGCACCUGGAAGUCAGAGUGCACUGCUUCCACUACCUGAUCCCGCUGACCAAGGAAGGCAACUACGCCAUCGUGGCCAACGUGGAGAGCAUGGAUUACGACCCGCUGGUGGUCAAACUCAACAAGGACAUCUCGGCCAUUGAGGAGGCCAUGGGGGCCGCCCUGCAGCAGCACAAGUUCCAGUACAUCUUUGAAGGGCUGGGCCACCUGAUCUCCUGCAUCCUCAUCAAUGGCGCCCAAUACUUCAAGAGGAUCAGUGAGUCCGGCAUAAAGAAAAUGUGCCGGAACAUCUUUGUGCUGCAGCAGAACCUCACAAACAUCACCAUGUCGCGGGAGGCCGACCUUGACUUUGCUAGGCAGUACUAUGAGAUGCUCUACAACACUGCGGACGAGCUCCUCAACCUGGUGGUGGAUCAGGGAGUGCGCUACACUGAGUUGGAGUACAUCAACGCCCUGUCGCUACUCCACCGCAGCCAGACUGGAGUAGGCGACCUGAGCACCCAGAACACCCGGCUGCAGCGGCUAAAGGAGAUCGUGUGCGAGCAGGCUGCCAUCAAGCAAGCCAGCAAGGACAAGAAGAUCACCACAGUGUGAUGGCAAACUGUCUCAUCUGUUUUUUUCCAUUUACAGUCAUCACACUCCAUUAAUAAUUGCAGUUUGAGUCUGUUAUUCUUUUUUUUUUUGACUGAAUCUAAAAAGGCAAAUGUUAUGACCUUAUUCUUGUACACUCAGAAAUUCUCCUCCUCUCUCUGCUCCUGUAAACAAAAAUCCCGGAACAUAAACUUCCCCCUCAAGCGGCCCUCCCUGUGUUUUAGUUCAUUAACUUGGAAGAGGAGUACUUAACGAGAGGAGCGGGAGGAGGAGGAAGAGGGCUUUGUCAAUACCUCGGCGGCCCCCCACAAUCAAUCAUAUUGACACUUUGGCCCGGGAUCGAUGGGAAAACAGCUGCAGGUUCCCCCCGGACAGGUUUGACGAAACUUGGCGAAAAGCCUUAAAAAGCUGCUACUUGCCACGAUUCAAUACAUGGGGAAACUUGAGCAGAAUGUUAAGUUACAGCUUAUGUUAGAAUGCACAAUAAAACGUGCCACACACUGAUUUAUCUGCUUUUUAUUCGUCGGUCACACGUCAUUUUCUCAGUUUUUCAUAGACAGUCGCGUGAAAAAAUUAGGACACCCUAUGGAAGCCUUUGUUUUCAUAAAUAUUUGGUCAUGUGGAUAUUUAAUAUCAAUAUUUUGAUUGAAAAAGAUACAACUUUCUAUAAAAUGUAAUUUUAAAUAAAUGCAAUUUUUAUUGAGGAAUAAAUUAAGACACCGCCACAUUCAAUCCCACUUAAAAUGGCUAAAAUCACAAGUGUAUCGCAUCAGGUGCACAUGAUUACAACAUCAUUACCCAGUGUUUUGAAGGAGGCUUGCCUUAUUUAAACCUCACAUUCAGUUUGGUGUGCCCCUGACUGUUGAAGUGAGAGAAAACACCAUGGUGAGAUCAAAGGAGCUGUCUGAGGCCUUCAGAAAGAAAAUUGUAGACGCUUUUGAAUCUGGUAAGGAAUUUCAAAAGAUCUCAAAGCCUCCAGUGGCCGAAAGUGUCAUUGCCUGUAAUUGACUUUCCUAUGUAUGAUUUUAAAAUUAAGAGUUUUCCGGUAAAAUAUUGUCUAU